UGGCAGUUUCGUUCUCUCCCUCGCCCUUUCGUCACGACGCCGGCCGAUGCGCCGCCGUGGGGCGCCGGGCCGCCGUUUUUGUUGUUGUCGUUCUAGGUAGGUUGGGGGGUGGGGGGGGGAUUGAUGGCGUCGGAGCCGGUGGCGCGGGCGGUGGCGGAGGAGGUGGCGAGGUGGGGAGGGAUGAGGCAGACCGGGGUGACGCUGCGCUACAUGAUGGAGUUCGGGGCGCGCCCCACGGAGAGGAACCUGCUCCGCUCCGCGCAGUUCCUGCGCAAGGAGCUCCCCAUCCGCAUCGCCCGCCGCGCGCUCGACCUCGACUCCCUCCCCUUCGGCCUCUCCACCAAGCCCGCCAUCCUCAAGGUGAGAGAUUGGUACUUGGACUCAUUUCGUGAUAUCCGCUACUUCCCAGAGGUGAGGAACCGGGAUGAUGAACUUGCAUUCACCGAGAUGAUCAAGAUGAUCCGAGUGCGGCACACUAAUGUGGUGCCCGCCAUGGCACUAGGUGUGCAGCAGCUGAAGAAAGACCUUGGUGGCACAAAGGGCUUUCCCCCUGGCAUUGAUGAGAUCCAUCAGUUCCUUGACCGCUUCUACAUGUCAAGGAUUGGGAUCCGCAUGCUGAUAGGGCAGCAUGUUGCAUUGCAUGAACCUGAUCCAGAACCUGGUGUUAUAGGACUCAUAAGCACAAGAUUAUCCCCCAUGCUGGCGGCUCAACAUGCCAGUGAAGAUGCACGCGCUAUUUGCAUGAGGGAAUAUGGGUCAGCCCCUGAUGUGAACAUAUAUGGAGACCCGAAUCUCACAUUUCCAUAUGUUAAACCACAUCUACAUCUCAUGAUGUUUGAGUUGGUGAAGAAUUCCCUUCGUGCAGUACAGGAACGCUAUAUGAACUCUGAUAAGCAUGCACCUCCUGUUAGAAUUAUAGUUGCUGAUGGAGCAGAGGAUGUAACAAUCAAGAUUAGUGAUGAAGGUGGCGGAAUACCAAGAAGUGGUCUCUCAAGAAUUUUCACUUAUCUCUAUAGCACAGCAGAAAACCCACCCGAUCUAGAUGGCCAUAAUGAAGGAGUAACCAUGGCUGGGUAUGGCUAUGGAAUUCCGAUUAGCCGUCUUUAUGCUCGAUAUUUUGGUGGGGACCUACAGAUCAUUUCUAUGGAAGGAUAUGGAACUGAUGCUUACCUCCACCUAUCACGGCUAGGAGAUUCAGAGGAGCCCUUGCAUUAAGGGAUCUGGAGGAACCCUUGCCUGAGAUGUGGAAGGAAGUCAGGGACCCUUGCCUCAGUUGACCUUGCUCCAGUUCUGGUACCACUGCUGUAAUUAAGAUGCUAUUUGAUUUUUGUCAUUUGCUGUGCUGGUAUGCAAAUAUAUAUAGUUCCCAAGGCCAGCCAACUGUAUGUGCUUCAGCUUGCUGGAGCGUGAUCAUAAUUCAGAAUCCUCUGGUUUACAUUGCCAUUAGAACACUCUUUCUAGAGUACUUGGAUGGAGCUCAGUGAUUGCAUGGAAAAUGUGAUGUUGAA